GUUUCUCGCGGGGUUUGGCGUGGCACUGGGAGGCCGGCCCGGGGUAGGAGGCGGCGUUUCGUUAGUGGCGUUGGGGUCUGGUGGCGGCGGCAGUAUUUUCUCCUUUGCUGACGCGGAGUGGUUCAGCCUGGAGCCAGCCAGCUCUCGCCGCCGCCGUCGUGAUGGGGGCUCAGGACCGGCCGCAGUGCCACUUCGACAUCGAGAUCAACCGUGAGCCGGUUGUAGAUGGAUACAAUACCUUUAUUUUUUGUGUGGUGCAGAGGAUCGAACCCAGUACCUCACACAUGCUAGUUGGUCGCAUUAUGUUUCAGCUCUUCUCAGACAUAUGUCCAAAAACAUGCAAAAACUUCCUUUGCCUAUGCUCAGGGGAGAAAGGCCUUGGGAAAACAACUGGGAAGAAGUUAUGUUAUAAAGGUUCUACAUUCCACCGUGUGGUUAAAAACUUCAUGAUUCAGGGUGGGGAUUUCAGUGAAGGUAAUGGAAAAGGUGGAGAAUCAAUUUAUGGUGGAUAUUUUAAAGAUGAAAACUUUAUUCUCAAACAUGACAGAGCGUUCCUUUUGUCAAUGGCAAAUCGAGGGAAACAUACCAAUGGUUCCCAGUUUUUCAUUACUACAAAACCUGCUCCACACCUGGAUGGGGUACAUGUUGUCUUUGGACUGGUUAUUUCUGGAUUUGAAGUCAUAGAACAAAUUGAAAAUCUGAAAACUGAUGCUGCAAGCAGACCUUAUGCAGAUGUGCGAGUUAUUGACUGUGGGGUGCUCGCCACAAAAUCAACAAAAGAUGUUUUUGAGAAAAAAAGGAAGAAACCAACACAUUCAGAAGACUCGGAUUCCUCUUCCAGUUCCUCUUCAUCUUCCGAAUCAUCUUCAGAAAGUGAAAUUGAACAUGGGAGAAGCAGAAGAAGGAAACAUAAGAGGAGGCCAAAAGUUAAACAUUCUAAAAGGAGAAGAAAGGAAGCAAGCAGCUCAGAAGAACCAAGGAGCAAACAUAUAAUGAGCCCAAAAGAUCACUCUGAGAGGAGUGAUACAAAUGAGAAAAGAUCAGUUGAUUCAAACGCUAAACGGGAAAAGCCUGUAGUCCGCCCAGAAGAGAUUCCUCCAGUGCCUGAGAACAGAUUUUUACUGAGAAGAGAUAUGCCUGUGGUCACUGUGGAGCCUGAACCGAAGAUUCCAGAUGUUGCACCCAUUAUAAGUGAUCAAAAACCAUCUGUAUCAAAGUCUGGACGGAAGAUUAAAGGAAGGGGUACAAUUCGCUAUCACACACCUCCAAGAUCAAGAUCCUGUUCUGAGUCAGAUAAUGAUGACAGCAGUGAAACUCCUCCUCACUGGAAAGAGGAAAUGCAGAGAUUAAGAGCCUACAGACCACCUAGUGGAGAAAAAUGGAGUAAAGGAGAUAAGUUGAGUGACCCCUGUUCAAGUCGAUGGGAUGAAAGAAGCUUGUCCCAGAGAUCUAGAUCAUGGUCUUAUAAUGGAUAUUAUUCAGAUGUUAGUACAGCAAGACACUCUGAUGGUCACCAUAAAAAACGUAGAAAGGAAAAAAAGGUUAAGCAUAAAAAGAAAGCAAAAAAGCAAAAACAUUGCAGAAGACACAAACAGACUAAGAAGAGAAGAGUUGUUGUACCUUCUGACAUUGAAUCUUCAAAAUCUUCCACUCGACAAAUGAAGUCCUCUUGUGAUAGAGAAAGGAGAUCUCGAUCUUCCUCCUUUUCAUCUCAUCACUCAUGUAAGAGGGACUGGUCUAAAUCUGACAAGGAUGACCAGAGCACUUCAACCCAUUCCAGUAGAGAUUCCUACAGAUCCAAGUCUCAUUCACGGUCUUAUUCUAGAGGAAGCUCAAGAUCAAGGACUGCAUCAAAAUCUUCAUCACAUUCUCAAAGUAGAUCAAAGUCCAGGUCAAGUUCCAAGUCAGGGCGCCAAAGGACAGCAUCAAAAUCACCAAGAAGAACAGCUUCUCAGUUAAGUGAAAAUAAACCAGUUAAAACAGAACCUUUAAGGGCAACAGUACCACAAAGUGAAAAUGUAGUAGUACAGACAGUGGUAGCAGAAAAUAUUCCUGUAAUACCGUUGAGUGACAGUCCCCCCCCUUCAAGGUGGAAACCUGGACAGAAACCCUGGAAGCCCUCUUAUGAGCGAAUUCAGGAAAUGAAAGCAAAAGCAACCCAUUUGUUGCCCAUUCAAAGCACUUAUAGUUCAGCAAACAUUAAAGAGACUGGUAGUUCAUCAUCCUACCGUAAAAGAGAAAAAAAUUCAGAAAGUGAUCGGAGUGCUUAUUCAAAAUAUAGUGAUAGAAGUUCUGAAAGUUCACCAAGGUCAGGUAGCAGAUCUUCUAGGAGUAGAUCUUAUUCUAGAUCAUAUACAAGGUCUCGUAGUCUAGCUAGUUCACAUUCAAGGUCUAGGUCUCCAUCUUCUAGAUCUCAUUCACGAAGUAAGUACAGUGAUCGUUCACCGUUUAGUAGAUCAUCUUCAUACACUUCUGUUAGCAGUAAUGAUGAAAGACGAGCCAAGAGGAAAUUCAGAUCCAAUGGGAAAAAAAAUAAUACUUCAAAUAAAAGGCACAGCAGCAGCUCUGAAAAGACACUUCGCAGUAAAUAUGUCAAAGGUAGAGAGAAGUCUUCAUGUCAGAGAAAGUAUAGUGAAAGCAGGUCAUCUUUAGAUUAUUCUUCAGACAGUGAACAGUCAAGUGUUCAGGUUACACAGUCAGUCCAAGAAAGAGAGAAGCAGGGCAAAAUGGAAAUAAUGAACGACAAGCAGGAAAAAAGCAGAGAUGAAGAGAAACCCAAGCCUGAACGGGAAUGCCCUCGUACCAAAAAAAGAACUUUGAAAGAGAAUCUUUCUGAUCACUUUAGAAAUGGCAGUAAGUCCAAAAGGAAGAAUUAUGCUGGGAGUAAAUGGGACUCUGAGUCAAAUUCAGAGCGAGAGAGAACUAAAAACAGUAAAAACGAUUCCCGACGAUCGUCUGAUAAGGAGGAAGGUGAGGCCACAUCAGAUUCUGAAUCAGAGGUUAGUGAAAGUCACAUCAGAGCAAAACCCAAGACAAAAUCUUCAGCAAAUACUUCACUGCCUGAUGAUACCAGUGCUUGGAAAUCGAGUAAACAGCGGCCAUCAACUUCUGAUUCUGAGGGGUCCUGUUCCAACUCAGAAAACAAUAAAGGAAAGCCACGAAAGCACAAACAUGGGUCAAAGGAAAAUCUUAGAAAGGAACACACUAAAAAAGCAAAAGAAAAACAGAAAGGGAAAAAGGAAAAAAAACACAAGGCUCCAAAACGAAAACAGGCAUUUCACUGGCAGCCUCCACUAGAAUUUGGUGAAGAGGAGGAGGAGGAGAUUAAUGAAAAGCAAGUUACUCAGGAAUCAAAAGAAAAAACCCAAAUUUCUGAAAACUGUGAAACCAUAAAAGAUCAUAUUCCAAAAACUGAUAAAUCCUGUGACGAGGGCAGCCUUUCAGGUAAACAUAAUACAAUGACUACGUCAUCAGGUCUUGACCAGCUUACUAAAGGUGAUAGUAAGCCCAGCACUUGUCCCACUGCUUUAAAUGCUGAGGAAAAUGCUGCCAGUUCACCCCCAAACACCCAGCAGAUUGAAGAAAGUGUUCCAAGUGGAACAGAGGAUGUGCUUCAAACAGAUGAUAAUAUGGAGAUUUGCACUCCUGAUAGGAAUUCCCCAGCGAAGGUAGAGGGGUCUUCCCCUCUAGCAAAUUCAAGGCUUGACACCCCAGAGAUAAGUGUGGUUCUAAAGCAAGACAUACAUAUAGAACAUCCUGAAACAGAGGAGACAAAACAAGAAGGCAGUGUGUCUGAAAACAAAACCUUAGGUGAAGUGGGGAAACAGGACGGCAACUCUGUCAGCUUGCCCAGUGCUGUAGAAAGUACUGGGAAGAAGGAGGUAGCUGAGAAGAGCCAGAUCCACCUCACAGAUAAUAAAUGGAAGCCCCUGCAAGGUGUGGGGAACCUGGCAGCACCUACAGCCACCACAUCUAGUGCCAUAGAAGUAAAGGCGUUGACUGCUGUACCUGAAUUGAAACCUCAGGGCUUGAGAAUAGAAAUUAAAAGCAAAAAUAAAGUUCGGCCUGGGUCUCUGUUUGAUGAAGUAAGGAAGACAGCUCGCCUAAACCGGAGGCCAAGAAAUCAGGAGAGUUCAAGUGAUGAACAGACGCCUAGUCGGGAUGGUGAUAGUCAGUCCAGGAGUCCAAGUAGAUCUCGAAGUAAAUCUGAAACCAAAUCACGACACAGAACAAGGUCUGUCUCCUAUAGUCACUCUAGAAGUCGAUCAAGAAGUUCUACAUCAUCUUAUCGAUCAAGAAGCUAUUCUAGAAGUCGGAGCAGAGGAUGGUACAGCAGAGGUCGAACCCGAAGCCGGAGCAGUUCCUAUCGGAGUUACAAAAGUCACAGGACAUCUAGCAGGAGCAGAUCCAGGAGCAGCUCGUAUGAUCCCCACAGUCGCUCCAGAAAAGAAACAUUUUUCUCUUUAACAUGCAGGUCUUACACUUAUGAUAGCUACUACAGCAGGAGUCGGAGCCGAAGCCGGAGCCAGAGGAGUGACAGUUACCACCGAGGCAGAAGUUACAACAGGCGGUCCAGGAGUUGUAGAUCUUAUGGCUCUGACAGUGAAAGUGACCGAAGUUACUCUCAUCACCGCAGCCCCAGUGAAAGCAGCAGAUAUAGUUAAAAAUGUCCUUUUUUGAUACAAAUUAUAUCGUAUUUGUAAAUAUCUGAUAACUUAAAAAAGUUUAAGAAACUUAAUGGCAGUCUGUUGUUCUAUUUCAGUAUUAGAGAUGAAUUUCAAAGACAAUUGUUAUUCAUUUACAUGUGUAGAAUAAUUUAAAAUACAGAUGUCUCCUAGAAAUAUUUUUAUGCCACAUUUUACAGUAGCCAACUUUGGAAUUUUCAUUUUCUUGAAUCAAGAAAUUGUGAAAUCUAUGUAAGUAUAAUUUGCAAUAUUAUUUUAGGUAGACUAUUUCUUUCCAUCUCAUGUAUUCCUAAGAAUACAGAUUCUUUUUGCCCAUUUUUCAGGUUUUAGCAUACAUGCUGCCAAGCAUAGAACUGUGAAGAAGAACUGUUAAAGGCGGCCAAAUGUUUAUAUACCAGUUGUACAGUCUUGUAAAAACAAACCACCCGAAUCCAUACCAAUGGUAACCAGGAGCAUAAGGCAGUGUGGCUCUGGGGUUCUUAAUUCAUACAUUGCUUCUUUGCUGGCUCAAUCAGGAAAGCAGUCAUCAUACUGCCCACAGUCUGCAUUCUUUCAGGCUGGUGGACAAGGUUGAGAAGAGAAAAUCAGCCUUAACUAUAAAUACCUGCACUGUCUCUAAGGAAUUAGUACUUUGUGUGCUUUUUAAUAAAGACUAUCAGAAGUUUAGAUUAUAAAAAACAAUUCUAUUCCAGUUCAUGCUUUGGUGCUUGGUACCUUUUGGUGCCUCUCUAAGCAUUAUUCUUACAUAUUCCACAUAAUAAUACUAUGAGAAUAAGGAAUUUCUUUUUAAAUCACUGGCACUGAAAAUGGUUUCUUCUGAGCUGUCUUCACUUUGAAUAUUGAGGGGCUUCUCUCAAACAUAUGUGGGUUGGGGUCCCCUGGAGCAGGCAGGAUUGGCAGUGGUGGGGUGGCCACUUAGGUCUACACAUGUGUGUGCUUGUGGAAGAGUGGAUUAGAAAGGGAACUUCAAGAAUAACACUGGAACCUUAGCUGCCACCAUCCUGGAGCCAUUUUACAGGGUUUUACUUUGAAGUCUUUCAAGUAAAGAAUGUACCACAGAGGCAGCAGAACAGUUCCAACAGCAUGUUUUUCUCAUUUGUGUUGCAACCCACUAGUUCAGUAAAGCCUUGCUUGGCCUGAGUGAACCAGAAGAGAGGGCUGUAGAGUACUGUAUGUCAUAUUUCCAAGGCUUUGGGUGUUCCUCCAAAAAUAAUUGGACCUGUGAAAACUAGUGUUGAUUUUUUUUUUUUUUUUAAUCUUCAAUUUGAAUUUCCCCCCCAAGUGUACUUAAUCACCUUAGUGCCAAUUUAAUCCAGUUAUGCAGGACAAAUUCAUUUUGAAUGUUGGUGUAGAAGUCUGUGCCAUCCUGCCCCAGACCUUGCCUGGUGUAUUUGGGAAGUGGAAAAGAGCCCUCAGAUGAGGGAUAUGACAACCCUGGAUGGAUGGGAGGGCUCACUCACCACAUUGGAGGUACUGUAAUUCUUGUCCAAGGGUUGGGGAGUGUAGCUCAGGGGUGGAGCAUGUGCUUAGCAUGCCUCCUGAGUCCCAGGAUUCAGUCCCCAGCACCAAAAAAUAUAUACAGCUGUCAACCAUGGGAAGUAGGUAAACCAGAUUAGGUGGUCUAUUAUUUAUCAAGUCAGAAGAUAGAAGUACAUUAGGAAACAGAACUAAAUAAAAAAUCAGUACUUGAUCACACAAUACAGAACAAUGUUUGAUUGAUUCAUAUUAAAGAUUUUCAAAUAUUGCCUUCAAAGGCGGAUACUGUUUUAAUAACACUAGUCGGUGGGGGAAAAAAAAUGCAUUCAGAACCCAAAAAGAAACUACUAAAUCCAAUUAGGUUCAGAAAAGUUACUCUUGGGCAGUAUAUGAGUUGUUACUGUAUGACAAAUUCUUCCAAAUUCAGUAGUUUAAAACAACACCCUUUUUUUUUUGGUUCAUAAUUCUGCAGCUUGCAGGUCCAACAUGGUAUAGCUGGAUUUUCAAGUCUAACAGACUGAAGUCAGGGGUGGGAAGGGCAACUUUCCUUUAUGAAGACUCUGAGGAAGACUCUGCUUCAGGCUUGUUCAGAUUGUUAGCAGAAUACGUUUCUUGCUCACCUCAGAAAGGGGACUUUUGACUCCUUUAAGGCUGCCCACAUUCCUGCUGGUGUAGGCCCUGCCACUUUCAAACCAACAGUGGCCCUUCCAGUCCUCCUGCUUCUCAUGCUACAAAUCUACCUUCCUCGUGUUUUAAGUUCCAGGUGAUGAGAUCAAGCCCCAGAUAUAAUCUCUUUUAAGGUCAAUUGUGCCAUAGAAAUGAUGUAAUAAAAGGAGUGGUAUCAUAUUCACAGGUUCUGGGGGCUGCUAGUGUAUAGACGGCAGAGAGGCAGUGACUUUGCCUACGCCUUAGUUGUGGGUUGGAUUUUAUCCUAAAAGGGUAGAAGCCUCGUGUGUUUUCUCUACAGACAAGGAUGGCCCUCUGCUCAAGUAUUCAACUUGUGUGUUUACUGAAGUGAGCUACAGAAAUAGCUUUUCUUCCUAAAAGGGGAUUGUUCUGUAUUUUGAAGUUAUUUUUUAAUAAAACUGAAUUAUGUCAUAUAAUGUGCUUCUUAAUAGAAAAUCAUUAUUGGACUGGUUUUGUAACGCCCUGUUUACUGCAAAUGAAAUAGCUGGUAUUGUUCAAAAAAUAUAGAAAAUACUUUUGUACAUACUAGCAAUGUCUAAUUUGUAUACACCUCAAUUUCCCUAAAACUUGAAAGGGGGACCUUGUAGAAAUUAAAAUAUAUACUUAGUCUAAA